AAGAGAAGCUCCCGCCUUAUUACCUUCGUCUCUGUUCUCGCAAAUUUGAAGAGAAAAACCCAAAAAAAUCAAAAUCAUGAGGGACCCGAUUCCAUUGAGGACGAUCUGGAUCGUGAUCUCCUGGUACAGUUCGAACAUCGGCGUUCUUCUUCUGAACAAGUACUUGCUGAGCAGCUACGGUUUCAAGUACCCGGUCUUCUUGACCAUGUGCCACAUGCUCGCCUGCUCGUUGUUCAGCUACGCCGUCAUAGCCUGGUUCAAGGUGGUUCCGAUGCAGAGCAUUGGAUCCAGGAAACAAUUCGUCAAGAUCACCGGAUUGAGUCUUGUCUUCUCUUUUUCGGUUGUCCUCGGAAACGUUUCGCUUCGUUACCUUCCCGUGUCGUUUAACCAGGCGAUCGGCGCCACCACGCCGUUCUUUACCGCGAUUUUCGCUUACCUGAUGAGCAAGAAGCGGGAGACUUGGAUCACGUACGUCACGCUGAUUCCUGUGGUUGCGGGAGUCAUCAUUGCUAGCGGGGCUGAACCGAGUUUCAAUCUGUUUGGAUUUGUAAUGUGUGUCUCGGCUACAGCAGCAAGGGCGUUUAAAUCUGUGCUUCAGUCUAUUCUGUUAUCAUCGGAAGAGGAAAAGCUGAACUCCAUGAAUUUGUUGAUGUACAUGGCACCAAUAGCGGUGGCGAUCUUGCUUCCCGCCACUUUGUUAAUGGAAGGAAAUGUUCUUGAGAUUACUGUAGCUCUUGCUAGGGAAGAUAUCAAUAUAGUUUACUACCUGCUCUUCAAUUCUUGUCUAGCUUAUCUUGUGAACUUAACCAACUUCUUGGUUACCAAACACACAAGUGCUUUGACACUCCAGGUUCUUGGAAAUGCGAAAGGUGCUGUUGCUGUGGUGGUUUCGAUCUUGAUCUUCAAGAAUCCUGUCUCGUUAAUUGGGAUGCUUGGCUACUCACUCACUGUGCUUGGAGUUGUUCUGUACAGUGAAUCCAAGCAGAGGAUCAAACAAGACUCCUUCACGGAAUUGAUAUGCAAACUUGAAACUUAGAGAUGAGAAAGGAAAUCAGAGAAACGGUAUUCUUUAUUUUUUCUUUCUUUCCUAGCGGAUUGUAUGUUGGAACAAAGGAUACAAUAAUAUUGUACGAGCAUUUUUGAGGUAACAGACUUCAAAACUCUUCAAUUCAUUUGAUGCUUUAUAUUUAUUUCUCCGACUUUGUUAAUCAACAUGGUUCUUGAUU